AUGUUUCUUUACUUGCUGGUCUUCAUGGCAUAUCACAGCAGCAGAUGGAUACCAAAGAAUCAGAGGUUAAGAUUCCAACUACUGAAUGUACUGUUCAUCACAAUUGUUCUGGUUCCUCAGUUCUACGUGAUGGGAAGGCCCAAAUCCUCAAGAUACUGCAGGCAGCCCCUUCUGAACAACCUGUCAGCCUCAGUUGCUCUGUCCUUGAUGGCUUCAGGUUUUGCAGUGAUAUUCACACUGACAGACCCAGUUCCUCAGAGCUUGUGGACUGCCUACCAUGUGUUUGGUCUCCUGUCAUGUGGCCAAGGUUUAUGCACUACUACCCUGACUCUGACAGCAGCAGCAUGUGCCAAAACCACCCCUGAGCUGUACUACAUGUCCCUUGUCCUAACAGUGGUCUCUGCUUUCAGUACAGAGGAGGACUGUGGUUAA